AUGGAACAUUUUUUAAUUCUACUAUCUGUCCAUACUCUAACGAUUUUAUUAUUUGGGAUUCAUUACAACACGUGCGCUUCCUUUCCAACUAUCAAUGAAGUGGUGGCACAAUGUUGUUCUGAGGAAUACGCUGAAUGCUGCGCAGAAUCAGUCGAUUUUGCGAAACCAUUCCGUUGCGACAGCAUGGAAUUAAUAGAAAUGAUUAACGUGACUUCAUGCAUCCAGAAGUUAAUGCAUGAAGAAGACCAACCAAUGCUUAAUCUUACAGAUAUAGUGUGUUGUGAUGUAUUUGCUGAUGAUGAUAAUGACGAGAAGGAACACUGUCUUAAAGAAUGUAUUACGGUAAUGCAGAUACCUGCUCUCAGGAAUGACAAAAAAUUGAAAAGAAUCGAAGAAUGCAGAGGAAUAAAUCCGCUCUAUAAAUGUUUCAACCGGUGUCUAGAAUGGCUGCACGACAGAAAUGAAACUGAAGCAUUGGAUUUCGAGCAAGACUGCUCCAUAAAAUUGAAAAUGUUACCGGGGAAAGUGUACAUUGGUCCCGAAAUUAAAUGA